UGCCAAUGAACCAGUUCUGCCCAUGAGUGCUCUUGAUGUAGCUUUAGAAGUUCAAAACAGCCUUAAAGGUAACCUACCCAAAACUCAUCAACUGCUAGCCAUGGUGUCACGCCUUUGGCAGAAUGCAGAGCUCUUUCAGUCAAAUGAGAUGCGUCCUGCAAAUGAUCCCAAUGAGAGAAUUCCCAUCCGAGUCCGGAUGCUGAAUGACAUUCUGAAAGACAUGGAGAAAAACUUUUUGGUACAGCAGGUUCCAGCAGGCUUUUACAGAAAUAUUCUGUACCACCUUGAUGAGAAGACCAGACAGUUUUCUAUACUCCAGGAGGCUUGGGAGCACUGUGAAUUACUUGCAUCGAAUGAAACCUUUCAAGAAGUUUUAUCAGAGGUGCUGAACAGCAUUAAUUCAGCUCAGGUUUACCUCAAAGCAGGACUUGAUGUGUUCGAGAGUAUCGUGGUUGACAAAAACUGA